AAACCCGUUAUCUCUCGUUUAUUGCAAGUUCCAAAGUUCACCCAGAAAAUCGGGAAGAGAUACGUUACGGGUUUUUUUUCACGAUAAUUAGAAAUCUGCAACAUGAACCGAAUGCAAGUUUGCACUAAACUGUUCUCCUCACUGAAGCUGAUGACCCAAUCGAAAGUACACCUCACUCGCAACAUGUGCGCAACGGCCACUGCCGGUACCGAAAAGUAUCAAUUCCAAACGCUUAAACUGUCCAGCCCGAGCCCGUUCGUGGUGCAUGUCGAGUUUAACCGGCCCGAUCGCAUGAACGCCUUCAACCGGCAGCUGUGGACGGAGAUCAAGGAUUGCUUCGAUCAGCUGCACAACGAUCCGGACUGUCGGGUCGUGGUGCUGUCCGGCGGCACCUCUAAGCACUUUACCGCCGGUAUCGAUCUGUUCGAUAUGAUGAAGCUGGGCCAGGAACUGGGCGCGAUUGAUGAGGUAGGCCGACGCGGCCGGCUGCUGGAGGGUACGAUCAAGCUGUAUCAGGAUUGCAUCAGUGCGCUCGAAAAUUGCUACAAACCGGUGAUCGUGGCCGUACAUAGUGCGUGCAUCGGGGCCGGUCUUAAUCUAAUUACGGCUGCCGACAUUCGCUACUCUACGCGCGAUGCCUGGUUCUCGCUGAAGGAGGUCGACAUUGGCCUGGCAGCUGAUGUCGGUGCCCUACAGCGGUUGCCGCGCGUCGUUGGUAACCAUAGCUGGGUGCGCGAACUCGCGUUCACCGCGCGCAAGUUCUCUAGUGAUGAAGCGUACACGCAGGGUCUGGUGUCACGAUUGUUCGAUACACGCGAAGCUAUGCUCGAUGGAGCCGUCAAGCUGGCGACGGAAAUUGCCGCUAAAAGUCCGAUCGCGGUACAGGGAACGAAGAAAAAUCUCGUCUUCUCAGGUGAUCAUUCUGUGCAGGAGGGAUUGGAUCACAUCCGGCAAAUCAACAUGCUGAAUUUACAAAGUGAAGACUUCCUCACCGCGAUCAUGGCGUCUCAGAGCAAGGAAACACCUGUUUUCGCCAAGUUGUAGACCGUUCGACCGGUGAGUGCGUUUUUCUUUCCAUCACACAAAAACACGCUACAGAAUAAAACGGUUAAGGUUCGCCGCAUACCGAGGA